UACGGUAGAUUUACGUGCUGCACAUGCGCAGAGUCCAUCCGUGCCCUGUGCGGGUGAAGGGGGCAGUGUGAAGCUGGACUUCUGUGACUUGGAGUGUUCCUUUAGGUGAUAAGAAGAACAUGGAUAGCAACGACGCCUUCCACGAGCAGCUGCGGCUUCAGGAGCUGUAUGGGAACCGGGAGGCCGGGCACGAUGCGCACACCUUUACGGACCCCAGUGAUGGCACUGAGUAUGAAUGGGACCAUGACAAGAAAGCCUGGUUCCCUAAGAUAACUGAAGACUUCAUGGCAAUUUAUCAAGCAAACUAUGGGUUUUCAGAAGAUAAUAAAGAAGGUUCCGAAUCUUCACAAGCUGCUCCAGCUCCCAAGGAAGUGAAAACGAAAAAAGCAAAGCAAGAAUCUAAACCUCAACCAGAUCCAACAGAACCAAAAGGGAAGGGAGAAAAAAGAAAAGCAGACCCAGGCUGGUUCAACGUGGAUGAUGGCAGAAACACCAAUGUAUAUGUUUCAGGGCUUCCUUUGGAUCUGACCUAUGAUGAAUUUAUUGAAAUCAUGUCAAAGUGUGGAAUCAUUAUGCGGGAUCUGCAGACAGAGGACUUUAAAGUAAAACUGUACAAAGACAAGGAUGGGAACCUGAAAGGCGAUGGCUUGUGUUGCUAUCUCAAGAAAGAAUCUGUUGCGCUGGCUUUAAAAAUCCUUGAUGAUUAUGAAAUCAGAGGCUACAGACUUCAUGUUGAAAGUGCAAAGUUCCAGCUCAAAGGGGAAUACGAUGCAUCAAAAAAGAAGAAGAAAUCAAAGGACUACAAGAAGAAAUUGUCACUGCAGCAAAAACAACUAGAUUGGAGACCCGAAAAGAAACUUGAUUCCAGAAAACGUCAUGAAAGAGUUAUAAUAAUUAGGAAUAUGUUUCAUCCUACAGACUUUGAGGAGGAUCCUCUGGUUCUGAAUGAAAUUCGAGAAGAUCUACGAUCAGAAUGUGAAAAGUUUGGACAAGUGAAAAAAGUCCUUAUAUUUGAUAGGCAUCCUGAUGGAGUUGCAUCAGUCUCAUUUAAAGAGGCAGAAGAAGGCGAUGCCUGCACACUGGCAUUAAAUGGAAGAUGGUUUGGUGGUCGGCAGCUCCUUGUGGAAACGUGGGAUGGUGUUACAGAUUAUCAGAUUGAAGAGACAUCUCGAGAAAGAGAAGAGAGGCUCAAGGGAUGGGAGAAAUUUCUCGAUGAUGACCUGAAAAAAUCAGAGGCUGCUAGUAAUGCCAGCACAACAUUACCCGCUAGUAACGGACAAUUGGAAAACAAGCAGGACAUUGUCUCAGAGCCUACAGACAGCCGUGCCCAUCUGCCAGGAAAGACAGAGGCUGAACAGGCUGGUGACAACCCAGCAUCUACAGACGACAGUGACCAUGUGCCAGGAAAUGCAGAGGCUGAACAGGCUGGUGACGACACAGCAUCUACAGAAGACGGUGUCCAUGUGCCAGCAAAUGCAGAUGCUGAAAUGGCUGGUGACGAUGCAGCAUCUACAGACAGCAGCAUUGGUGGCAGUGAUGAAGAAGAUGAGAAAGGACAUCUGUAGGGAAACAUUAAUGCUUUUUAUCUUACCCUGUGUAUUUGUCAGUCAUUUACUGUGUGGAUAAGGGCUCAUGCACACAAACACAUUCAGGCGUCCA